AUGGUAAACACAGGAGGAUAUAAAGCUGAUAAUGGAUUUAGAUCCGGGUAUCUAACUCAUCUUGAAGCAGCCUUGAAAGUUUCGCUUCCUGAAUCGGGUCUUUUGGGUAAACCUCACAUUGAAUCAAGAAUAAAAACAAUGAAAAAGGAUUGGCAAGCCGUCUUUGAUAUGUUGAAUAGUACAAGUGGAUUUGGUUAUGAUAAGGAAAAUAAUUGUGUGACCACAACGUCUCCAGGAGUAUGGGAUGCUUACCUUGAGAGUCAUAAAUCAGCAGCAAAGUGGAAAAAUAAAAAGCUUCCACACUAUGAAGAUUUGUGUGUAGUUUUUGGAAAAGAUCGAGCUCAAGGAAAUAGAGCCAAGGUUGCUACCGAGAUGGAAGAGCAAGUGAAUAUUGAGGAACAACAAGAAGACUCACAUGAUAGUUUUGAUGAAUCAAUGGAAGGCAGCCACACGGCACGUACCACUACUAGUUUUCAAGUUGGAGAAGUCUCAAGUGUUCCUAGUAAGAAAAGAAAGAGCACAAGUCAAACAAGUUCUUUGGUUGAAAGUUUCAACGAUGCGGUAAUGUUUUUUGGUGAACGUCUCAAGGAAUCAUCAGCUGAACUGAGUGAAGGUAUAAAACUUGAAGUUGAUCUAAGCAAGAAAACCGCUAUGCUACCUUUGGCACUUGAAAAAAUGACCUCUUUGUCUCAACGUGAAAGGUUCAAGGCAAUUCGAAAAAUAAGAAGUGAUUCCGAUAGCGUGCUUACUUUUUGGGAUUUGAAAGAAGAAGAAAGGGAAAGUUGGGUGUUGUUUAUGAUGUCGGAAAACUAA